GGGUAGGGAAUUAUAGCAAAGAUGGCGGCGACCUCAGUAGGACGCGUUUUGACACUUUGCAGACAGUUUCAAAACGCUUUUAGGAUUUCUACAUCGUUAGCCGUCCAACAGUCUGCUCUCACUUUGACCAAAUCUCAGUCUUAUCUUGAUAGGUUAACGUAUCCACUUUUGAGCUCAAAUUGGCACUGUCAUGUUGGCCAGUGUCGGCCUCUGCACACUACCAUCAGCAGAAGAGGACUUGAGGAGUUUUUCGACAUACCUGAAAACUGGGGGGAGCCAACAGUGAAAUCAGGAGCACCAUGGACUGCCAAGCAACUAAGGACGAAAAGUAAUGAAGACUUACAUAAGCUCUGGUAUGUGCUCCUGAAAGAGAAGAACAUGCUGCUUACCAUUGAGCAGGAGUCCAAAAGGCAAAGAAUUCAGAUGCCAAGUCCAGAGCGCCUAAAGAAGAUCGAAAGGUCCAUGAAGAGACUAGACACAGUGGUGAAGGAGAGAGAAGACGCCCUCCGCCUGCUGCAAACAGGCCAGGAGAGAGCAAGACCUGGGGCCUGGAGAAAGGACAUCUUUGGACGGGUCUACUGGUACCGGUUUAGAGAGCAUGCCCUUCCUUGGUACAUGAACAAGAGAUACAAACGCAAACGUUUCUACACACCAUUAUUUGUCACCCCCCACAUAAGGCUUCGUCUAGAGAAACACCUCCGUGCUAAGACCAGAAUACAGAACAAGGAGAGAGAAAAACAAACCGUACUCCAGGAGAAGUUUCCCCAAAUGAAGGCCCAGUCAUCAUGAAGACCUUCAUUGACCAAGAAACAUUCACCCUCCUGCAAUUCACAUUGGAGCAUGUGACUGUAUCCCCUGUUUUUUUGCAUAAACAUGUCUGUCAUCAGCUUUUAUUUAAUGUACUUUUUCAUGUUGGUAAACUGGCAUUUAUGUCUUCCUCUGUAUCAUGAUGCCUUGAUUAUGGUUAUUCAUAUUAAAGUGAUGUACAGACACUGUGUGCCAUAUUUUAAACCACAUAAUUCAAAAUGUGUCCUUGAACAUAAACAAUUUUAGUUAAGUUGAAAGAUGGCUCCAACAAUAAAUUGUAGGUAAAUAAAUAUUCUGAUAUACCAGCAAAUGUCA